UGACAUCAUUUUUUUUUCGUAUCGCGAAGCUAUCAGCGCCGUGGGAUUCACCUCGAAACUUAGGUAUCUUUAAGAUAUAUGAGGUAUUGGCGAAGAUGGGCGUGCGAAAGAGUCCAACGUCGAGUAUAAAAGGGGGACAUGCUCAAAGGUUUUUUUCUAGUAUCCUCAUGAACACAGACGGCCACAACAUAUCCAAUCCCACGAAAAAAUCUAUUCUAGAACUCGACAACCAUCUUUUACCAUGGCAAUGAUAUCGCAGAACCCCUUUCAGCUCACUGGGCGCUAUGCUGAGCGCAACAAAUGGGAGGUGAUCAGCGGCCCAGGCGACUCUCGUCCAACUGGGCUACAGAUAAUCGAAGACGAAGGCCUCAUCGGAGCUAUGAGCAACAAGGUCGUCCUCAUCACGGGAGUGUCUUCAGGUAUGGGUCCAGAAACUGUCCGCGCCAUAGCAUCAACGGGAGCCACCAUAUUCGCAACGGCCCGGAACCUCGACAAAGCGCGGGAAGCUCUCGGCGAUUCCCUCCUCGAGACUGGCCGUGUGCACCUUCUAUUUAUGGAUCAGACGGACCUCUCGAGCGUUCGUGCGUGCGCUGAUGAGUUUCGACAACAGUGCGAUGGCAAGCUCAAUAUUCUGAUCAAUAAUGCUGGUGUCAUGAAAACCCCUGAAGGUCGUACCAAGGAUGGGUUUGAGCUGCAAUUCGGAACAAACCACUUGUCUCACUUCCUUCUCUUCUAUCUACUCAAGGACCUCCUGCUAGCUAGCUCGACACCCGGGUUCCACUCAAGGGUCGUCAAUGUUUCGUCUGUAGGCCAUCGUGACGGGCCGGUACGCUUCGAUAAUCUGAAUCUCGAGGGCGAAUAUGAUGGCUGGGCGGCAUACGGGCAGUCGAAGACGGCUAAUAUCUAUAUGGCAACCCAAAUCGAACGACUCUACGGCGCGCAGGGCCUCCACGGGCUCAGCUUGAGCCCCGGCAGCUUCGCCAGUCCGAACUUGCAGAAAUUCUGCCAAGACGAUAUGGACGCGGCUCAGAUGGAUGAGCGGAUGGCGAAAUAUUUCACCAACGUGCAACAGGGGUGUGCGACGAGCGUCUACGGCGCCGUGUCGAAAGAUUUAGAAGGCAAGGGAGGUUUGUACCUCGAGGGUGCAUCGGUAGCUGGGCCGGUCCUUGGCGAUUAUGAUAGGGUUGAGUAUGGGUAUAAUGAAUGGGCGUUUGAUCGUGAGAAGGAGGAGAAGGUGUGGGAGGUUAGUAAGAAGUUGGUCGGUGUUGAGUGAACAAACGCGGGAAUAUGAGUGCACAUGACUCAUAAACAUAGAAUUGUCGG